AAUCAGGAGACUGUGACAGCAACAGUCUUCAGUCAGAGGCCUCUUCACAUUCAUUGCAAGAUUGACUGCUAGUGGAGACUUUCUGAAAGUACUUGUAUGAGAUGAGUUUUUGAAUAGUGUCUGCCAUGGCUUCAUCUGCUUGCAUAAAACGGAUGAUACUCGGCGACGGUCCCCUGAUCUUGGACGGUGGACUUGCAACUGAACUAGAGGCGCGUGGAGCUGAACUUCAGGGGGAUCCUUUAUGGAGCGCCAGGCUUUUGCACACGAACCCCCAGGCAAUAAAGGAGGCUCAUUCCAGGUUUCUCCUCAGCGGCGCUGAUGUCAUCACGACUGCAACGUACCAGGCGAGCGUCCAGGGAUUCAUCAGCCACCUGGGCGUGAGCUGCGAUGAGGCCAGAGAGCUGCUGAUGUCCGGAGUUCAUCUGGCCAAAGAGACGGUGGAGACUUUCCGCCCCGGGGACAGAAGUCUGUUGGUGGCGGGCUCCGUUGGGCCGUAUGGAGCCUUCCUCCAUGAUGGAUCAGAGUACAGCGGGGCGUACGCGCAGAGGAUGAGCGUGGAAGAGCUCAAACUAUGGCAUAAGGCGCAGGUGGAGUGCUUAGCAGCAGCGGGGGCCGACCUCGUGGCCUUUGAGACCAUCCCGAGUAUCAAAGAGGCCCAGGCCGUGGUGGAGCUGCUGAGGGAGUUCCCGGACUGCAACGCCUGGCUGUCGUUCUCCUGUAAGGACGAGAAGCACAUUUCGGACGGCAGCCCGUUCGUGGACGCCGUUCGGCUCGCCUGCAGGUCGCCCCAGCUGCUCGCUGUGGGAGUCAACUGCUGCCACCCGGCGGUGGUGGAGCCGCUGCUGGACUCGGCCAGGGCGGCCCUGGGCCCCGGCGUGAGCUGGGUGGUGUACCCAAACAGCGGGGAGGAGUGGGACGCCGAGCAGGGAUGGCCGAGGUCAGAGUGGACGGCAGGAUGGACGCCCGAGCUGAGCGGCGCCUGGCUGAAGCAGGGAGCCGCCCUGUUAGGUGGCUGCUGCCGCAUCGGUCCGGCUCACAUCGCAGCGUUGAGGCGGCAGCUGAAAGGAAGCAGCUCGUCUUCAUCGGAUCCGGCCGACAGCAACACAUAAGGAACGUUUAUGAUCCUGUCAAAACCCGUAAAAAAAAAAACCUCAAAGCUCUCCUUCAUCAUGUCGGAUUAACUUCAAUAAAGUGGUAUUUGGUGAAACAGUGGUUCGCGUUUGGUUACACAGCACACCUUGUACAGUCGUCUAACUGCAGUCUCUCUGCAUAAAUAAAAUGAUUUGUCGUUUUG